CUCUAUGAAAGGCAUGGACAACGGUAUUCAUAGCUCCAGCGAUACACGUUCGCCGAGAAACGAAUCUCCCUUGUCCUAAAUAAACUGGCAAAAGAUCGCCAUCGUUACGCUGAACGACAUCAAGACUCAAUCCUGAUCGUCUCCAGCGUCUUUUCUCACGGGUACAACGGGUGGUGAGCAAACUGCGAUGCUAUCGUCGUUCGGAUUUGAGUUAAAGGCCGCCGAAACCCAACUUGAAAGAGAAGAUAUACUUACUAGCGCGCCAGCAUUCACGCGCACGUCCCGUGGAGAUCAGAUUGUGGUUCCGACAAGACCGCUAAGUCGAAGCGCACCAAAUCAGAGAGAGAGACUAAGUAUGCCCUUCGAGGCUGCCAAGUCCAACGCAGUGAAAUUGGGACGGAAAACAUAUAGUUGCCGGACGCGACCAAGGCUCAUCAUAGCGAAUGGUCCAACCUACGAGAUCUACUUAUUGACGGUGUCUGUCCAAUUCCUUGUUUACUGCAGGGUUGGAGACAGUCGGACAGUGGACGUAGAAGCCUUGCAACAGAAAAGGGGCCUCAUCGCUGAGUCAGCAAAACUGUCGCAAGGUACGAUCGAUACGAUCAUCGCAAGCUCCUCCUAUAUUGCGAAAGAAAAUAUGUCGGAACUGCAACUGUGGGAUGCCGUUUGCAAAGCCUGGGGUUUACAUGUCAAUCAAGGCAAGUUCAUCGAUAUCCUUCGUAAACCCUCUUCUUCUAAGCAGGACGCGGAUUUGGUUCAGCAGCUCAAAGAAGUGGCUGAGAAUAUUGAGAUCCGUAAUCCAGAAGUGAAUUGGAGCGCCAUCCCAGCCUUGCGAUUUGGCGGACAUCUCAAGUAUACAUCAUUUACAAUCAUCGAGUAUAUCGAGCUGAUUUCUGCUAGUCUGCACCCUCUCGACUCGGUCCUCGUUCAGACACUGGAUGGAAAGACUAAUGCCGAAACGCCACAGGUCUUUCAUGAGCAGAACAGCAGUGAAUGUUCUCAGGAAGAGAAGACAUUCUCCAUUCCCUUGUAUGCUAUCAUCCUCCGCAGCUGUCGUCAAAACUCCUGGCUUGGUCAAAGCGUCGAGAAAAUCAACUUUCACAUUCAAUCUUGUCGCCGUGGUCCAUUCAUCGGAAGUAGCAAUUUCGGAUCAGUCAAUAUCUUAUACGACACUGCGAACAAGAUGGUUUUUGCUGAAAAGCGCUGCACUCUUCCGCAUGGCAGACCGGCCCUGGCGAACGAAAAGAGCUUACUCAAACGUUUGGAUCACAUUCACAUCGUUCGAUUUAUUGGUUCUUCUUAUGAAGCUUUUGAAUUAAGCGUGAUUAUGGAGUACGUCUCCGGUGGUACAGUCGAAGGCAUGGUAAAAACGCUAGGUAAGAUACCCGAAGAUGAUGCUCGUGCUGUCGCUCGUCAAGUUCUCGAUGGACUUAGGUACUUGCACAGCCAGGACCCGCCCGUAGUCCACAGGGAUAUCAAAGGUGCCAAUCUAUUGAUUACCCUCCACGGAUGCGUCAAGAUCGCCGAUCUUGGCCUCGUGAAACCAUUACUUGAGAACACGCGAACAUUUGCGGGAAUUGUUCCCUGGAUGGCUCCCGAAAUAAUCAAUAAUACCAAUCAUGGGACGAGGGUCGAUGUUUGGAGUUUCGGGUGUACGAUUAUUGAGAUGCUGUGUGGUGGCCAUCCGUGGACACGGGAAGGACUUGGGCACUUUGAUGCGAUGAAAAGGAUUACUGCGUUUAACAUGCCUAUACCAGAUAGCAUCUCUCUUGAGCUCCAGGACAUAUUUGCACAUAUUUUCGUUGCAUCUGAUGAAAGGAAAUCGGUCAGCGAUUUGUGGAUGGGUUGCGACUGGAUAUGGACCAAGAAGAACAAGCAGACUUGAGGUAGUAUUCAGUGCUCACAUAAUAAAAUAAUAACAAACGCCAAUAUCGUCCU